AUGGCUCAACAAGCUCUUAUCAACUUGCCAGCUGAACUGAUAACCGAAAUCUUUUAUCAUCUAUUAUCACCAGACCCUAAGCACUUGCGGGACUAUCAGAACUUCCGGGAAACAUGCAAAACUAUAGCUGAGGCAACGUCUUCAGCUUUCAAAGCACGCUUCUUCCGCAUUCGCUACGUAAUGCUAGAGAAGGAAAGCCUAUUGAAUCUUGUGAACAUUUCACGCCACCAUAUUCUGAGUCAAGCGGUUGAAGUUGUCGAGCUCUGCGUUGAUCAUCUCAUCCAACCCAAAGACUACAUGAGCCACGAAGAACUAGAGAUUUGUGGACUCAAAGACGAGUAUGAUUUCUUCCGAGUUCGGAAUGGCGAAGUUGUCUUACUGGGCGACGAUAGUUGGGAGCAAAUAAUCCAAACCUAUAAGGAUGGAUGGCAGGAGCAAACGGAAUUCUUCUCCCAAAGGCAACAUAUGAGUUAUUUAGCGAUAGCUCUCACUAACCUCAAAAACUGCAAAGCUAUUGGGAUAUCGGAUCAUACCCGACCAUGGGGCGCCUUUAAGCUUGGGCGACGUAUUGGCGUACUUCCAAAUAGGUUUAUUUCUGAUUUCUUACCUAAUAGCAUGGUUCAUGCCUUAGUAGUAAUCAGAACACUGUUUUUCGCACUUAUUAAGAGCCGCCUUCCCAUAGAGGAGAUAUAUAUCGAGUUUGGAGAUAUGAUGGAAGGUUGUACGUCUGUUAUUCCACGGAUGCUAUCGCUCCCAAGCAGUCUCGCAAAAGCCGUAAAAUCCGAAAUCACGACCAUCACAAAGCUCAGUCUUGUUAUCAAUCCUAAGGAUAGCGAUAAUCAUUUCAGCCAAGAAAUUAGAAAAUUCUUUGCAGAGAAUGACCCAGUAUAG